AUGAGUGACUCUAGUAGACCUAUCAGAUAUGUUGAUAUUGGUAUCAACUUGAGUGAUCCAGUUUUCUCAGGGAGCUACCAUGGCAAGCAGGUUCAUGAUAGUGACUUGGAUGACAUCGUGCAGCGUGCAAAGGAUAUCGGUUGCCAGAAAUUCAUGGUGACUGGCUCUGACCUGGAGGAGUCUCGGCGUGCCCUCCAACUUGCACAUCACUACCCGGGCUUCUGCUAUGCAACCAUUGGUGUUCAUCCUUGCCAGGCGAAGCUUUUCGAUGAAUUCCCUGGCGGCCCUUCCAAAAUGCUAGAUGAACUUAAAACUCUUGCGUUGCAGUCAAAGGAGAACGGACAAGCUGUUGCGUUCGGUGAAAUCGGCCUUGACUAUGAUCGAUUAUUCCUGAGCGCGAAAGAACCUCAGCUGAAAUAUUUCGAAGCUCAGCUGGAUCUUGCGGUCGAGAUUCAACUUCCUCUUUUCCUUCAUUCUCGAGCUGCUAGCGAUGACUUCGAGAAGCUACUGGCGCCGCGACUGGCGAAGCUUCCCAAGAGAGGGCUCGUGCACAGCUUUACGGGAACGCUAGAAGAGAUGAACCGGAUGGUAGCCCUUGGUCUUGACAUCGGAGUGAAUGGUUGCAGCCUUAAAACUGAAGAGAACCUCGAUGUAGUGAAGGCCAUUCCGUUGGAUCGACUUCAGAUCGAAACAGACGGUCCCUGGUGUGAGAUUCGUCCUUCCCAUGCCUCGUCGAAAUACCUCAAGGGGGCCCCAGAACUUCCAAAAGCAGUCAAGAAGGAGAGGUGGCAGAAGGGGUUGAUGGUCAAAGGUCGCAAUGAGCCUGCCGCGAUCGCCCACGUCGCCUACGUGAUUUCUCAAAUUAAAGGGAUUUCUGUCGAGGAAGUUUGCGAAGCUGCGUGGAAUAACUCGAUCAGAAUGUUUGGGCUUGGGGAGGACGCCUAG